UAACUUCUCUCUCUCUCCCGCUCUCUCCGUCUCUCUCUCCCUGGUUGCUGUCAGCCCACCCUGGCCCCUGCCCUCGCUGGAUGGUGACUCGCAGGCCAGUGACAUGAGGCUGGCCCCCGUUCUGCUCGCUCUGCUGCUGCAGGCCUGCUGGGUCACAGCACAGGACCUGCCGGCGGCCGAGAGGGCCAUCGCCUUCCAAGACUGCCCCGUGGACCUCUUCUUUGUGCUGGACACCUCCGAGAGCGUGGCCUUGAGGCUGAAGCCCUAUGGGGCCCUGGUGGACAAGCUCAAGGCCUUCACCAAGCGCUUCAUCGACAAUCUGAAAGACAGGUACUACCGCUGCGACCGCAACCUGGUGUGGAACGCGGGCGCGCUGCACUACAGCGACGAGGUGGAGAUCAUCCAGGGGCUCACGCGCAUGCCCGGCGGCCGGGACGCCCUGAAGGCCAGCGUGGACGCGGUCAAGUACUUCGGCAAGGGCACCUACACAGACUGCGCUAUCAAGAAGGGGCUGGAGGAGCUGCUCGUGGGGGGCUCCCACCUGAGGGAGAACAAGUACCUGAUCGUGGUGACCGACGGGCACCCCCUGGAAGGCUACAAGGAGCCGUGCGGGGGCCUGGAGGACGCGGUGAACGAGGCCAGGCACCUGGGCGUCAAAGUCUUCUCGGUGGCCAUCACGCCCGACCACCUGGAGCCACGUCUGAGCACCAUCGCCACCGACCACACGUACCGGCGCAACUUCACGGCGGCCGACUGGGGGCAGAGCCGCGACGCGGAGGAGACCAUCACGCAGACCAUCGACACCAUCACCGACAUGAUCAAAAAUAAUGUGGAACAAGUGUGCUGCUCCUUCGAGUGCCAGCCCGCCAGGGGACCUCCCGGACCUCGGGGUGACCCUGGGUACGAGGGCGAACGCGGGAAGCCCGGCCUCCCCGGAGAGAAAGGCGAGCCCGGAGACCCUGGAAGGCCUGGGGACCUAGGACCUGUCGGCUACCAGGGGAUGAAGGGAGAAAAGGGGGGCCGAGGAGAGAAGGGCUCCAGAGGACCCAAGGGCUACAAGGGUGAGAAGGGCAAGCGUGGCAUCGACGGUGUGGACGGCAUGAAGGGGGAGACGGGGUACCCCGGCCUGCCGGGCUGCAAGGGCUCGCCUGGAUUCGAUGGCAUUCAAGGACCCCCGGGGCCCAAGGGCGACGUGGGUGCCUUUGGACUGAAGGGAGCAAAGGGGGAGCCUGGAGCCGAUGGGGAGCCUGGGAGGCCAGGGGCCACAGGGCCCUCCGGAGACGAGGGAGACCCUGGAGUGCCCGGUCCCCCGGGAGAGAGGGGUGAGGCUGGCGACGAGGGCAACCCGGGGCCGGACGGCAAUCCUGGAGAAAGGGGUGGCCCUGGGGAAAGAGGACCGCAGGGAACCCCAGGUGCUCGGGGCCCGAGAGGAGACCCGGGUGAAGCUGGACCCCCAGGUGAACAGGGACGGGAAGGCCCUGUUGGCGUCCCCGGAGACCCGGGUGAAGCUGGCCCCCCGGGACCUAAAGGAUACCGAGGAGACGAGGGGCCCCCGGGGCUUGAGGGUCCCAGAGGUGCCCAAGGGCCUGUAGGACCCCCCGGUGACCCUGGACUGAUGGGCGAAAGGGGUGAAGACGGCCCGCCUGGAAAUGGCACUGAAGGCUUCCCCGGCUUCCCUGGCUACCCGGGCAGCAGGGGCCCCCCCGGGAUAAACGGCACCAAAGGCUACCCCGGCCUCAAGGGGGACGAGGGAGAGGCCGGAGAGCCCGGAGAGGACAACAACGACAUUUCACCCCCUGGUAUGAAAGGCGCGAAGGGGUACCGGGGCCCCGAAGGCCCCCAGGGACCCCCAGGACAUACAGGACCACCGGGACCGGAUGAAUGUGAGAUUUUGGACAUCAUCAUGAAAAUGUGCUCUUGCUGUGAGUGCAAGUGCGGCCCCAUCGACAUCCUCUUCGUGCUGGACAGCUCCGAGAGCAUUGGGCUGCAGAACUUUGAGAUCGCCAAGGACUUCAUCAUCAAGGUCAUCGACCGGCUGAGCCGGGACGAGCUGGUCAAGUUCGAGCCCGGGCAGUCGCACGCAGGCGUGGUGCAGUACAGCCACAACCAGAUGCAGGAGCACGUGGACAUGAGGAGCCCUAACAUCAGGAACGCCCAGGAGCUCAAGGAAGCCGUCAAGAAGCUGCAGUGGAUGGCGGGCGGCACCUUCACGGGCGAGGCCCUGCAGUACACACGGGACCGGCUUCUGCCGCCCACCCAGAACGACCGGAUCGCCCUGGUCAUCACAGACGGCCGCUCGGACACCCAGAGGGACACCACCCCGCUCAACGUGCUCUGCGGCCCUGACAUUCAGGUGGUCUCCGUGGGCAUCAAGGACUUGUUUGGCUUCGUCGCGGGCUCUGACCAGCUCAACGUCAUUUCCUGCCAAGGCCUGGCACCCCAGGGCCGGCCGGGCAUCUCGCUGGUGAAGGAGAACUACGCGGAGCUGCUGGAGGACGCUUUCCUGAAGAACAUCACCACCCAGAUCUGCAUAGACAAGAAGUGCCCGGAUUACACCUGCCCAAUCACCUUCUCCUCCCCGGCCGACAUCACCAUCCUGCUGGACGGCUCGGCCAGCGUGGGCAGCCACAACUUCGAGACCACCAAGCGCUUCGCCAAGCAGCUGGCUGAGCGCUUCCUGACGGCGGGCCGGGCCGACGCCUCGCAGGACGUGCGCGUGGCCGUGGUGCAGUACAGCGGCACGGGGCAGCAGCAGCCGGAGCGCGCCGCCCUGCAGUUCCUGCAGAACUACACCGUGCUGGCCGGCACCGUGGACCGCAUGGACUUCCUCAACGACGCCACCGACGUCAACGACGCCAUCCGGUACGUGACCCGCUUCUACCGCGAGGCCUCGUCCGGCGCCACCAAGAAGAGGCUGCUGCUCUUCUCCGACGGCAACUCGCAGGGGGCCACGGCGGCGGCCAUCGAGAAGGCCGUGCAGGAGGCCCAGCGGGCGGGCAUCGAGGUCUUCGUGGUGGUGGUGGGCCACCAGGUGAAUGAGCCGCACAUCCGCGUGCUGGUCACCGGCAAGACGGCCGAGUACGACGCGGCCUUCGGCGAGCGCCACCUGUUCCGUGUGCCCAGCUACGCGGCCCUGAUGCGGGGCGUCUUCUACCAGACGGUGUCCAGGAAGGUGGCGCUGGGCUAGCCGGCCUCCCCACCUGAGAAAAGUAACAAUGUGACAUGAAUCUUCCUGACCAACCCAAAUCGCCAGAUUUUUUUUUUAAAGGAAAAGCUUGAAGAGCUGCCAACACGAGCGGGCUCCACGCCCCGGUCCUGGGACCCUGUGCCUUUCCCUGCACACCCGAACCCUCGUUGCACCGCCCCGAGUUAACACCCCGAACCUCCCUCGGCCUGCGGCCCCCCGCCCAUCAGAGCCCCUGACCCCUCACUUCCCUGGGGUGUCAGCUGCACGCUGCCCCGGACCCCCACGCGCCCUGUGGGACCCCCACAUACCAUCUCAUUUACCCCGAGAGUCGGAGCCCACGCCCUAGUUCACGGGAGAUGACCAGCUGCCUCUCACUUUUGGAAAGCCAGCGUUGAGAGGAUUUCCGAGCCGCUUCCCAGGAGGGUCCCCUUGCUCACCGCCCAGACCGUGGCUCCGGCAGCCUCAGCCGGAGAGCUCAGGACGGCGCCCCAGCAUGGGCCAGCACCACCGGAGAGCCGCAGAAAAUAGUGUCUCCUUGACCCUGUGUCCUUGCAGACCCGAGAACAACGGUGCUAUCCUGUCGACCCCCUCCCAUCUGCACAGAGGGGCCCGGCCCCGGGCCAUCUGGUGGCCCGGAGUGACAUGCUAUCUUCAAAACAAGCUAAGCUCCCUUCCCUCAAGGGAGCGGCUGGUUCUGCGUCCUAUAGAAAGAAGACCCUCUUUCUUCGUUAGUUUUACUUCUACUCCUUCCUGUGUUUUCUCAACCGUGUCCCUGUCCACAAACUUUCCAAAUAAAAGUUUUCACUCUUCUCUU